AGUUCACAAGUUUAGGCAAAAUAUUCAUAGUGAAGUAUAAUCGAUUGAUUCGCGAAUAAACUAGAUAUCAUUUAUUUUAGUUUUAGAGUAAAAGUCUGACAUGAAAUAUUAAAAAUGGCUAGCAUUCCUUUUUAUGUAACAUUAAUAGCGAUUUGUAUAAUACCCUUUAUGAAGCUAUAAUAUAGCUGUCUACUGUACUUCCAAAUAAUUUUGGAAAUGAGAAUAUAAGAGAAAAGAUUUAUGUGCUUUAUUAAAAUCUACAACGAACAAUGGUAGUAGGCGUAUUUCCUGUUCUUAAAUUAGGUGUAUUAUUUAUUAAACAAAUAAGUAAACCUUUGGCUAAGUUAAUAGUUAAUCAAGCUAAAAAUCAUCCUAUAUUCCGUAGAUACAUUAUUAUUCCACCUGCUCAAUUGUAUCAUUGGGCAGAAGUAAAAGGUAAAAUGUAUAUGAUGAAUCUUGGAAAACCAACAAAAGUAGCAAAAUUAAAUGAAGCUAUGGCAAUAGAAUUAGGAGCUAGUUUAAUGGGAGAAGUUAUUAUUUUUAGUCUUGCUGGUGCAUGUGUAAUGUUAGAAUAUAAUCGUCAAGUAACUAAAGAAGCAAAAAAAGAAGAAGCCCGUUCUGCACAGAUACAAAAAUUUAUAGAUGAUAUUAACUCAUUACAACAAAGUAGUAUACAAUUAAAAAGUGAAGUUUUAUCUUUACGAAAUACUGUGGUACAAUUAGCAAAAGGUACAAAGUAUGAACUAGCUGAACAAUCGAUAUUAACAGAGAUUGAUAAAAAGAUUGAUCAAUCACAAAGUACAAAUACAGAAAUAACCGCAGAAACAAAUGAUACAGAAAACAAACAAUCACUGAUCCAACGUGCUAUAAUAUAUUAUGAGAAUAAUUUUAAAAUAGAUAGAUAGAAUUAGGUAAUUAGAAUUAUUUAUUUUUAUUUGAAAUAUGUGAUAACUCAGAAAUAUUUUCCAAUGUGAUUAACAAAAGAAAUUUUUUAUGUUUCGGUCAAUAAUAAUUUUUUUUCCAUAUAAUAUUAUAAUUUAUGUAUCUUAUGUAUAUUUUGUAUAUAUCAGAAGUUCUUUCAGAUAUAUAAAAUUGUAUUUUAAAAUAACAGGUUGUCUCUAAUAAAGCCCUGGAAUAUUAUUUAUUUGUUAUCAGGGCAUUUUAUUCUAGUUAUCCUAUAAAUUUGUAACUUUACAUUGCUUUCUUACUUCUGGAAUAUAGAACAUAUACAAUAUAAAAUUUAUGUUUGAUGUUAGUUUUAUUUUUUUUAAAUUAUUAUACUUCAUUUUUCAUAGGAAAAUAAUGUAGAAAACUAAAAUUAAAGCAAACUGAGGUAAUCGAUUAG